GACCACAACUCAAGACACACCCGGUUGUAGGGCUGUUGUUUAGCAGUCAAUAUGGCGGUAGUCAUCAGGCUACAGGGUCUGCCUAUAGUGGCUGGCACCAUGGACAUCAGACACUUCUUCUCUGGCCUCACCAUCCCUGAUGGGGGAGUUCAUAUCGUGGGCGGUGAGCACGGAGAGGCCUUUAUUGUUUUUGCUACUGAUGAGGACGCUCGCCUGGGGAUGAUGCGUACAGGUGGGUCCAUUAAGGGCUCAAAAGUGUCGCUGUUACUAAGUAGCAAGACGGAAAUGCAGAACAUGAUUGAACUGAGCCGUCGCAGGUUUGAAGCUGGCACAAGUGCUGUGGAGACCGCUGCACCUACAGCAGGAAAUGCCAACCGAUCAGGGGGUGCUGCCUCCAUACCCACAGUGCAGUCUGGGUCAGCAGGCAGAAGCACUAGCCAUGGAAACCAGGGUUUCAGUAACACUUCAGCCUUAGCGACGACAGCAAGCUCCUCUCAGGAGUCCUCAAGCAACAAGGCAGCAGCCACUAUGGCCAAUGUGGUGCCUAGCUUUCCCAACAGCUAUAGUUCAGCACCUACAAUCACCACUGCAUUGGCAACGCUCAAUGCAGGCCCCCCACCAAUCCCUCCACUUACCAAUAUGCCUUCAAUGCCUCCUAUGCCCACAUUACCCACAAUUCCUGUUCCUCCUCCAGUAUCCUCUCUCCCCCCUGUGCCCACUGUCUCUCCUUUGUCCCAAGGUCCUCCAGUCCCUCCUAUGUCCCACCUUCCUCAUAUGUCGUCCCUGCCUCCUUUCAACCCUUCCCUCCCUCCUCCAGCAGGACUAGGUUCUGGCCUCCCUCUUGGAACACCCAAUCCCAUGUUGUUUAAUCCUCUAACUCCCCUGGCAUCUCUUGGCCUCCAAGCUCACAUGAAGGCUGCUGCUGCAGCAGCUACUGGUGUAGGAGCGGCCAAUCCUGAUGAGUUGUUUGUCCUCCUGCAAAACCUGCCCUUCUCUUGUUCUGAGGUGGAGAUCAGGGAAUUUUUUAGAGGGUUGGGGGUGGAUGGGGUUCGCCUGCAGAGGGAUUCCCAAGGUCGACCAUCAGGCAGGGCUAUGGUAAAGUUCUUCUCGCCCCAGGACAGCUUUGAAGCAGUAAAGCGGGGAGGCGGCAUAAUGGGGCAAAGGUUUAUUGACAUUUCCCCAAGCUCAGAGCGGCAGUGGGCCAGUCUUGGUGACAGUGGGAGCAUCCAUCCUCCCCACAACAGCAGUAAAUCAAAUAACGGCAAUGAGUUGCAGGACCAACAGCAUCGUCGUGGAAAUACUGGGUCAGGGGGCAGGGAUCAGCGUGGAAGAUCUAGAUCUCCACACCGCCAGGAGUUUUGUGUCUACCUGAAGGGCCUUCCCUAUGAGGCUGACAAAAAACAGAUAAAGGAAUUCUUCAAGAAUUUGGCAGUUGUGGAGGACAGCAUCUACAUUGCCUAUGGGCCCAAUGGGCGGGCCACAGGGGAAGGAUUUCUUGAAUUCCAAACUGAGCAGGACUACAAGUCUGCUCUAGGAGCUCACAUGCAGUACAUGGGCACUCGUUUCAUCCAAGUUCACCCAAUCAGCCGAAAGGGAAUGCUUGAAAAGAUUGAUACCAUACGUAAGCGUGAAGCAGCACAGGGUGAUGGUAAGAACCCAGAUGGCCUAAAAGUUCCCAGGAAUUGCGCACACAUAACUAAUAUUCCAUACAGUGUCUCCAAGAAGGAUGUCCGUGCUUUCUUGGAAGGUGUGGGGCUGUAUGAAGACACUCUGAAGGUUCUCACAGACAGCCAUGGCAAUGGUUUAGGGCAAGCUAUCUUUCAGUUGAGGACUGAGGAAGAUGCCCGGAAGGCUGAAAGACUGCACCGCCAAAAAUUGAAUGGCCGUGAUGCCUUUGUCCAUCUUGUUACCUUUGAGCAGAUGAAAGAAAUUGAGAGGAAUCCACCUCCACAGAACAAGAGGGGCCAACGCAACCAAAACUUGCAAAACCAAAAUCAGAACCAGCCUCAACAAGCACAGCCCAGUCCCCAGCAGCCGCAGAUCAACCCAUUUGCUGGGAUUAGUGGGGAGGAGUUUAACUUUCUCAGAAACACCAUGGGGAAUCUCAACAAUGCUCCCUUUGUGACUCCAUUCUCAGCCCCAGGGAAUGGUUUAGCGGGACCUCCUCCUCUUCCUCCUUUAGCAGCUGGGUUGGAUAUGAAUCUGGGUGUAGCUCCUCCACUUGUUGCUGGUCUUCCUGGAGCUCCAAUCUUAGAGCCACCAGGCUUUCGACCUGGAAGUGGAGGAGGUGGUCCAUUUGGCCAGGAUGGAUUACGAGGCUUAGCACCAUUUGAUAAUGCCAACAGAAAAGGAGGUGUUGGACAAAAUCGAGGGGGAGGAGCUAAUAACCAAGGACGUCCAGGGGGUGGAAACGCUGGCGUGCCACAAGUCUUUACGCCAGGAUCUGAUCUCCAUAACCAGCCAGCCCCUGGAGUACCUAAUAAUCCCAACACUCAACGUGGGGCUGCUGGCCCAACUAUUGUAAAGCUUCAGAACAUGCCGUUUACUGUAACUGUGGAUGAAAUUAUGGACUUUUUCUAUGGCUACCAAGUGCUGCCAGGCUCAGUCUGCCUACAGUUUAGUGAGAAAGGUCUGCCUACAGGCGAGGCAAUGGUAGCUUUCCAGAGCCAUGAGGAGGCUGCCGCUGCUGUUAUGGACCUCAACGACCGACCUAUUGGAGCACGCAAGGUCAAAAUAAGCCUGGGUUAAAGCCCCUCUUAAACUGAAUCUAGUUAAACAUAUUAAAACUACCUGGAUCGAUGAUUCAAGUGGAACAUAGCCAACAAAAACGUACAUGACCUUCCCAUGACACAGUUUUGACCUUUCCCUGUUCGCUAACUGUGAGUCAUCACUGAACAUUCUCUUCUUGCUUGUGAUGAUGGCAGGUAAGCCAUGUUGCCCUGCAAUCUGUCUUUAAGGAAACCUUUAAUCCAGACUUUGACAUUUCCUGCAGCUUCCUUGCUGACUCUGGUAGCACAAACUGAUGAUGACGAUGAAAUGAUAAUGUUGGCACAAUUUUGGUUCUUUUUUGACCCUGUCUCUGACAAUGCAGCUUUUUGUCAAAUUAUGUCCAGAGCUCACACUGAACGUACUCACUUGUUUUGUGGUAAAAUGAUUAAAAUUGAAUAUUGUUUCUGUAUGCGCUCACAAUGCUGUGCUGCAGUGGUUUAAAAUUGACAUGCUAUGUUGCUAUGGAACUACCUUUACAUGCUCUGUUGCUAUGGAAGAAUGGUGAGUUGCCCCAGUAUGUUGCCAUUAUAAAAUGUUUAUGCGAUGUUGCUAUGGCUAAAUCGUCACAUUAUCUGUUGCCAUGGUAAAGUCUCCGUUUCUGUUGCUGUGGUAAUGUCUUUACCUUAUCAUUUGCUAUGGUCUUUACAUCCUCUGUUGCUUUUGAAAAUGUGAUAAAAAGCUGUGUUGCUAUGAUAAAAUGUUUAUGCUCACAUGCUGUAGUGCAAUGUUGAUAUGCCCAUUGCUAUGGUAAAAAAAUAUACUGACAUCAAGCUGUACUGUCAGUGUAACAGGCUGACAUGACACCCUGUUGCUAUGGUAAAAUGAUACAAUUAUGUGUUGCAAGAGUGGUCUGUGGAUGAGCGAUGGACAGAUUGCCGUUUUAUUUUGUAAAUAAUGACUUGGUGCCGCUGAUACUGUCAUAUUUUCUGAUAAUGCUGUGUUUAAUGCCACCCUCAACCCAACCCUUUCUCACCAUAUGUCCAGAAGGUGUUUGGACUGUAGAGUGCUAAGAUGAUAUUUGUAGUGUUUUUAGUUUGGUAGCUUUUUGAGGUAUGUUUGAUUAUCCUUUUGGAUGUUUUCAUCUUAAAGCAAGUUUUUGUUUAUAUUGUCCGUGUAAACAAGCUUGUAUGAUCAUGUAACCAUACAUGGUGUGGAGUCUCCUUUUCUUUGAUAAAUAAAAGGACAUUCCUGAUGUGCACCUGAAAUGA